CCACACUAUCUGCCGUAUCCAGCGGCUUAUCACCGCUACCACCACGCGGGCGCCGAAUUGUACCCGUCUUAUCCGAUGCCAGCGUACCCACACUCGUCGCCGGAGCAUCAUCCGUCAGUCUCCCCGCCUCCACACGCGGCGCUGACCUGUCCAACGAUUCAGCGACCAAUCGCCAGGAGUUACGCUCACUGGGCCAGCAGUCCGGAUCACUGCGGUCUCUCUCCGACCAGCUCCCUCGGGUCCGGUUCGUUGAGGUCACCGCCGCCGGUCACACCGGAAGACCUGUCCUCGCCUGGAAGCGAUAGCGGAAGGUCAUCGGCGGGAAGCACAUCGACGGGACCGACGAUCGUUAACCCGAAAAUCGAGAAGACAGUGACCAGUGGUUCGACCGUGUCCCUAUCAUCCAACUCGUCCUCGUCGUCGUCCUCAUCGUCGACGUCGCCGAGGUAUCAGUGUCCGGACUGUGGUAAAUCGUACUCGACCUACUCGGGCCUGUCGAAGCACCAACAGUUCCACUGCGCGGCGGCCGAGGGCCAGGCGAAGAAGUCGUUCUCGUGCAAGUACUGCGAGAAGGUGUACGUCAGCCUGGGCGCUCUGAAGAUGCACAUUAGGACGCACACGCUGCCGUGCAAGUGCCACCUAUGCGGCAAGGCGUUCUCGAGGCCGUGGCUGCUGCAGGGCCACAUCAGAACGCACACCGGCGAGAAGCCGUUCAGCUGUCAGCACUGCAACCGGGCGUUCGCCGACAGGAGUAACCUCAGGGCGCACCUCCAGACGCACAGUGACGUGAAGAAGUACUCGUGCACGUCGUGCAGCAAGACCUUCAGCAGGAUGUCGCUGCUGACCAAGCACCAGGAGGGCGGCUGCCCGGGCGUAGCCGUGCCGAUCGGCUACGGUUGCUGAGUAGAACGUCUUUCUCUAGAUCCGUAGCGGUUUAUAAACGAAGGAAUUACCGUUUUCCUUGCCGUACGUUCCUUUAACUUCGAUCUUUCCUCGUUUCUUCUUCUUCUUCUUCUUCUUCUUCUUCUUCUACUUCUUCUUGCUCUUCUUCCACUCAUUCUUCUUCUUCUUCUUAUUCUGACUUGUCGAGAAGUGCCUUAUAUCGAUCCGGAGUACAAACGACUUAGAAAGUAGGACGGAGGAGAGGGUCGCGGAGUCCCGGGUCCAGUCUCUCGGUUGAAUUUCAUCGAGACGAGAGAAUAUCGGAGCCACGCUCCGAGUAGUACCUGGGCUCUCGAUUAAAAUUCAUGUCCCUUCUGUGCGAUUGAAUUUUAAACGAGAUCGAUAGACGACCGAGGAACUGGACUCCCUCGCUGCCACGGGGGAGAAGGGUCACGGGAGAGGUUCGAUCGGGAGAGAUCUCUUGAUCCGAGCUACCGAUGGUUGUGCAUAUUAUAUAUAUAUACAUAUAUAUUUUUUUCUUUGUUCUUUUCUUUCUUUUUUUCGGGGAAAUUUUCGAUGUUCCUCUCUGCGUGGACCCUUCGUUCACCCGGUUCCGUUGUAAAUAGUUUCGCGUUGCGUGCGUGCGACGACCAGCGAGAAUCCGAGUACGAUUCGAGUACUUUUCAUACGAUGGACGGUUGAUCCUUCGGGGUAUCGAGGAUGUUCGCGAUUCGCGUGAAGUCGAGACAGGAAAAAAAGAGUCGAGAAGCGAGACGACCGCCUGACGCGGUCCCGUGAAACUGCCGUGCCAUUUUCCUUCUUUUUGUUUCUAUAUCGCUGUGUUGUUCUCUCUCGUUUCCUUUCCUCUGGAUUCGUCUCGGAAAUUCGGAGACCGUUCUCGCGCCGCUUUUCGGUUUCCGUUGCAUCGGCAGCGUUCGAAAAGAUCUUUCGUUCGAUUUCCAACUCCCUUCGGCGCGUGCGUCGUCACCCGUGCAC